AUGCAGGUGCAGCCAUUUAACUCGAAUAAUCCGAGCGACCGAAAGUCCCGUCGCUAUAACCGCAAUAGAAAACAGUAUGAAUAUGUGAGCUGUCCAAACAUUGUCAAAGAAUACAACCGGCACAUGGGCGGAGUGGACUUGAUGGACAGUCUAAUUGGUCGCUACAAAAUUCGCAUGAAGACUGGUAAAUGGCCAUCUCGUAUAUUUCACCAUGUUAUCGACUUGGCAAUAGUGAAUGCUUACGUUUUAUACCAUCGUAUCAAUCGUGAAAAACAUCAGCGUGUCGAGCUUCCACGAUUUCGGGAAGAAAUCGCCGAAACUCUCCUGCUCAUAUCGGAAACGAAAACAUUAGGUCGCCCCACUACUGCAGAAAAACAAGCCGAAGAAGUACCAAAGGGAAGCAAGUUACUGUACCUACCACCAAUAUAA